UCGGCGGAUAACUUGAGUUUUCAUUCGAAUCAUUUGACAAGCCAGAUUAUACAUUUUCAAGAUUUAAACGUCAGAUCCUAUCAAAUCGGAGAUAAAAGUUUGGAUCCUGAUGUGACUUGACCAAUGAACUAUAACAUUUACUGAUCAGAUGGUAUAGGUCAAGUUCAGUUCUCAGCUGUCCAAUCAAUGCACAGAACAUCACAGGUCAACUUUUAGUCUGACCAAUCGGUGAAGACAUCAUCAAGGUGAAUUUCAAAAGUCUCAGCAGACUUGACCAAUCAAUGAAGACAUCACAGAUGAGUUUAGGAUCCACCACUGUUCUGACUAAUGGGUGAAGAGGGUUCAUCUAGUUCAGCCGAGAGUGAGCUGGAGUUUGACUCAGUUGAUGAUGAGUUGUUGCACUUCUCACGUCAUGGCAAUGUAGCGCACAUUGAGCAGCUGUUGAAAAGGAGACGUGCUGUUGAUGAUCAUCAUAAGCAUGAUGAUGAUGUUGACGUCAACUGCAAAGGUAGUCAGAAACGUAACCGGGGGUGGACUCCCUUGCAACUUGCGGCAUAUUUUGGCCACGAAGACACCGUGAAUUUAUUGCUAGAGCAUGGAGCCCAGGUGAAUUUGUUCAACGGGACAGGUGACACGGCCCUUCACAAGGCAGCUUUAACUAACAGAGAGUCCGUCGUGACAGUUUUACUGCAGCGUGGUGCGGACGUUUCCAUUGUUAAUCGUGAAGGUCACACUCCGAAGCAGGUAGCAGGCUCUCCAGAUGUUAGACGUCUUAUCGAAGCUGCUGAAGAUCAUGAGCGUAAAAAGCUGGAGCAGGAGUUUUUAGAGGCGGCAGCGGGCGGCCAUGUUGACCAGAUAGAAUUAUUGCUGAAGAAAGCCCAUCCCCCGAGUUUAACUUGUACAGACCUAUUUGGCAACACCGCACUACACAUCGGUGCGUUAAACAGAAUGGAGAACGUGGUCGUAUUUCUCCUACAGCACGGAGUGGACACAUCAAUCAAAAACAAAAAUGACCAGAUCGCGGCUGACAUGACACAGAUGGUCCACAUGAAACAGCUGCUCGCGGUCAGACCAGGCAAGGUGUUUCAGCUACAGCCGCAGAAGAUGGAAGGUCAUCUCCUCAAGAAGUUAAGACUGCUUGGUUUCCGUUCUGUUUGGGUUGUGCUAGAGAGAGGUGUCCUUUCAUACUUUGAAAACAAAGCUGAUGCUGCUUUGUGUCGGAAGAGAAAAGGAAUGAAGUAUCUCGACGAAGCUAAGAUCUUUGUUCCAGUAGAGCAAGGACUAGAAUUUAAAAUAUAUUUCUCUGAUGGAACAACACAUAUUCUCAAGGCUGAACACAUUGAUGGUGCCGAAGUAAACAAACAGAAAUGGCUAAAUGCAUUGAAGGAGCACAUUGAGUACAGCACACACUACCUUCACACUGGCGAAGGUUCCAGUGAGCUUGACAUGGAUAGAGUGACUCUCGGAACGAUGAGUGAUGUCCUCAAGACUGCACAGGCACAACAACAGUUACUGAAAUCGAAAGUGACUUCACUCACGCAGUCCAUAAAACAUUUGGGUGAGGUGCAAACAGAACAAACAAAGAAUAUUCAACAAGAACUGGAAUCUGUGGUGACCACCUCGAAAGACGUUUGUGAGUCCUUGACUCAGUGUAUGACCCUAUUCAAUCAACAAGAAGAUCUGCGAGAGCUGCAACUAAAGGAGGAGCGGGAGAAGUGUCGCGUGUUGCAGGAUGGACUGCAUGCUCUGGCCAUGGAGCACCACCAGCUGGAGCGGUCUAUUUCAUUCAGGAGGUCGACCAAGAAGUCAUUUGACACCGACGACGAAGAGUUCUACGACUGUUAUGAAGUGAACAACUGCAGAUUUGGAUCCCCAGAAGGAUUUCAAUCGAGUUUCAAGAGUUUUGAUGAAUCUAUGUCAGAUGGGCCGAGUGACUCUCACCCUACAAGGUCGGCGCUUCCUGUGCCCAUGUUUUCCAGGCAGAACUUCAGCUUUUGGAGCAUUCUCAAGCAAUGCAUAGGAAAAGAACUGUCGAAAAUCACCAUGCCAAUAGUUUUCAACGAGCCACUGAGUUUUCUCCAGCGGAUCUCCGAGUACAUGGAGUAUUCGUUUCUACUCGAGCGAGCAAGCCUGACCCCUGACCCCGCGGAGAGGAUGCAGUAUGUGGCUGCCUUUGCUGUGUCGGCUGUUUCCUCCAACUGGGAGCGGAUAGGCAAACCCUUCAACCCACUACUUGGGGAAACCUUCGAGUUGGACAGACCUGAGAUGGGUUUUCGCCUGGUCUCGGAGCAGGUAAGCCACCACCCCCCGGUGAGUGCAUUCCACGCGGAGUCGCAGAACUACCACUUCAAGGGCAGCCUCAACCCCAAGCUGAAGUUCUGGGGCAAGUCCGUCGAGAUUCACCCCAAGGGAUUAAUGACCCUGGAAUUGUUAACCUACAACGAAGUGUACACGUGGCACAACGUCAACUGCAGCGUUCACAACGUCAUCGUGGGCAAACUCUGGGUCGAACUGGCUGGGACGAUGGAGCUGGUUAAUCACACGAACAAGAUGAAGGCCGUUUUGAACUUCAAGGAGAGCGGCUGGUUCGGCAGAGAUCUUCACAAAGUGGAGGGAUACGUCUACAAUGAAAAUAAGAAGAAGGUGAAGGCGCUGUACGGCAACUGGGUUCUGGGUCUGUACGCCUGCGACCCCGACGUCUACGACGAGUGCGUAAAGACGAGCAGUCCAUCGUCCACCUCGGACUCGCCAACUAACUGCCCCAAGCCGAAUGGUUCGUCGAGAACAUCGUCGACGGACGACGUGAGUGAAGACGUCCCCUUGAAGCAGCUGCUGUCGUACGAACUGAACAUCCCAGAGGAAUCCUGUCUGUGGAAGGCAAAGCCAAGACCGUACAAUUCAGAAGAGUACUUCUCGUUCACACUGUUCGCACUGUCUCUGAACGAGCUGAUCGCGGGGAUGGCCCUGCAGCUCCCCAGCUCCGACUGCAGACUGCGGCCCGACAUCAGGCUCCUGGAGGAAGGAAAAAUUGACUCGGCAGCUGAAGAGAAGAACAGACUGGAGGAGAAACAACGAGCCGCGAAGAAGGAGAGAAAGAAGAAGAACGAAGAAUGGAAUCCCAAAUGGUUUAAGUACGCUGUGAACCCGGCGACUGGUAAAGAAGACUGGAUGUUCUGUGGAGAGUACUGGUUACGCAACUGGUCGCGAUCUCCCGACAUCUUCUGACGAUGUGUGUAUUAGGAAUGACGACGUCACAUCCUGAAGUCUGAUUCGAUCCGUUUCUUUUAGCGGAAAUUGUUCGGCCAUCAGACCGGUUUUUCGAAGAACGCAACAGAUGAGGUGUAAAAAAAGAAAGAAGAAAAAAGCAUAACUUUAAUAAUACUACGUGUAGGUUGUUAAUCGAGUAAUAAUUUAGUCGAGGACUGUUUGACGAUGAGAUGUAUCUUAGUCCAUGGUGACUGGCUUGGUGCAAAAGCUUGUAUUAUAGAUAGAUAAUUUGAGAGUGAAAAUACAAACCUGGCUAGGGAUUUUCAAAGCUAUCAUAGCGCUACGAAAUCGUAAAACCAUCGUAGGCUAUCACAUCACUACGCUACAAAAUCGUAGUCCAUGACAUCACUAAACUACAAAAUCAUAAAACCAUCUUAGGCUAUGACGCCACUACAGCACACGCUGUAGUCACAUCAUAGCUUACGAUGGUGGUGUUAAGAUGUCGUAGUGUUAAGAUGGCUUUGUAAAUAUGGGCCCAGAUCAUGUGUGUGUAACAUGACGUAAACUCAGGAAAUAGAAGUCAAAAUAUAUAGCAGCUGUGAUUCUAGGAGUAGCUACACGUACACAUCGACACUUAGCAUCUGUGAUUUUAGGCUAGUUGUACAGUAACGCAUAAUGGCUUUUAUUAGGACUGUUGUACGACAGUGUUAUGGCUUUUUAUUUAAAAGCAUAGUGGCUUUUAUUAGGAUUGUGGUAUGACAGAGCUUAACGGCUUUUAUUAGGACUGUUGUACGACAGCGUAGCAGCUUUUAUUAGGAUUGUGGUAUGACAAAGCGUAACAGCUUUUAUUAGGACUGUUGUACGACAGCGUAGCAGCUUUUAUUAGGAUUGUGGUAUGACAAAGCGUAACAGCUUUUAUUAGGACUGUUGUACGACAGCGUAGCAGCUUUUAUUAGGACUGUUGUACGACAGCGUAACAGCUUUUAUUAGGAUUGUGGUAUGACAAAGCGUAACAGCUUUUAUUAGGACUGUUGUAUGACAGCGUAGCAGCUGUUAUUAGGACUGUUGUACGACAGUGCAUAACGGAUGUUUUUAGGCUAGCUAUGUGAUGAUAUGUAACUGAUCCGCUUACGAGAUAUCAACAAAACUGUAUAUAGUGGCAGUGAUUUUAGAAUUAAAUGUGUGAUAUCCCAUUUUUAAAUAAUAAAAUCUGGAAGGUAGUUUUUAUUAGGAUUGGCUCUGCUUAAGAGUUAAUCUACAGAAAUGUAUAUAAAUGGCUGUGGUUUUAGAAUUAAGAUGUGUGAUAUCCAUUUUCCAAACAAAAACUAAUCUGAAAUGCUUGUCAAGGCUUGAAAAUUGAUAAGCAGCUAACGUCAAAAUAUGCAAUGUUUUAUUAUAAACUCUUUCACAAGAUUUUGCUUUCCAUCAUAAAAGCAUUGUACAUUCAUUCAGAUUUCAAAAUUCCGUAUCACCUACAUGUAUGUUAUCAUUAAGAUGACCAGCAUACAAAAUAUUUUUUAAAUGUCAAUGUAUUACAGAACAGUAAUACAAGUGUGUUAGGGCGAGGUAACUCAACGGCUACACAAACAUAAUUUACGCAGCCAAAAAAAUUGGUUACUUGGGUAAGAAUCAAAUUAACCGAAUUUCGGUUAUCCAAGAUUGUAAAAUAUGGUUGCCUGUUUAGGAUGACCACAGAGUGACCUGUUCAGCGUUAUAACAUAGCUACAAAAAUGUAUGUAGUGACAGCCGUAUAGCCGGUCAGAAUCAUUAUGGCUGUUUUUAAGGAUGGUGACCCAUAGUAGCUUUGUAAGAUGGCUACAAAAGGUAUAUGACAACACAGCAUUUGUGCUUAUUAUAGAAUAGCUACAUGUACAGGUAUAUAAACUGAGCGGCUAUGUUUUAACAAGAAUAGUGUAGCAGAUGACAUUAGCUGGGGGUUGUGUGUGUUUUUUCAGUAUAUAGCAUAGCUUUAUAUAUAUAGUGACCCGUAGUAGCUUUGUAAGAUGGCUACAAAACAUUGUGUGACACAGCCUGUGCUUAUAUAAAAAAGCUAUAUAAACUGAGUGCCUGUGUUUUAACAAGAAUGGUAUAGCAAAUCACAUUAGCUGGGUUUUGGGGUGGGUUUUUUAGUAAUGCUCUUUAGUGUCCCAUAGUAGCCUUGUAAGAUAGACACAGCACCUGUACGUGUGUUGAAUAGUUAUAUAGAUACUCAGAGUGGCUGUUUUAACAAGAAUAGUACAACUGAUCACAUUAGCUGGGUUGUUUGUUAUUUUUAGUAAUGCUCUUUACUGACCCGUAGUAGCCAUGUAAGAUAGACACAGCACCUGUACUUAUGUUGAA